CACAAAAGUCAUUCAAAAUAAUCACAUUCUCAAAAACACACACACACACAAUGGCAACAUAUGUCAUCAAGAUGGUGAGUUUGAUGGCAAUAUUGAGUUGUAUCACAUUCACUUCCGCAAAAGUUUAUACAGUUGGAGACUCAAGCGGAUGGGCGUUAAGUGUUGAUUACACUGGUUGGACUAGUGACAAAACGUUCCUUGUGGGAGAUAGACUUGUGUUCAACUAUGAUAGUAGCCAUACGGUGGAUGAAGUGAGCUCCGACGACUACACCACCUGCAAUGUCGGCAAUUCCAUCAUGUCUUACAAUUCCGGCACAACCACCAUCACCCUAAACACCACCGGAUCCCAUUACUUCAUCUGUGGUGUUGUCGGGCAUUGCAUUGUUGGCAUGAAGCUAACUGUCGAUGUCACCGGUGCCGCCGGUGUCGGGAGCCCCUCUGCCGCCCCAUCAGCUGUAACAGGCGAUUCACCCACCGCCACGCCUUUUGGAACCACCCUUGCUCCUCCCACUGUCGCCGGAAGUACUAGUAAUAUUCCGGUGGAAAGUUCUUCGCCUGCCGUCUCCCCGUUUGCGGCUGCUAUUUUCAGUUUGGUUGCAUUGAUGUCGGUCUUGAUUAUUGGUUGAGUGUUCAUGCCAGGAU